GAGAAUAAUUCAUUGAAAAAACACUAUCUCUGCGGAAAACAAUUCAAACACACAAUUAAUUUCAAUAAUUAAAUCUAUAUUUUAAACGGAAAGUCAGACAAACACCAAAUGGACGGACAGAGGGGUAAAUUUGGGUGCAAAAAGUGGACACUCAUUGUGUUUGCCGUUCUCGGCAUGAUUUCCACCGUAAUAAUGGCCUCAAUGGCCACAACACUGGUGGACACUUAUGUGGACGAAAACUAUCAGAUCGGUCAUCCCUAUACCGACACCGAUAUUGACUCAAUUAAGUCGUCGGCGAAGACAUUCAUAUACGCGGCCGCUAUUAUCGCCCUAUUGUUUGAUCUGAUGGGAGCGAUGGGCGCC